UCUUUUGACCGUGCCGGCCUGUCAAGAGGUUACCAAGAAAGUGGUGAUUACUCUGAACGACAUUACAUGUAUUUCGAUUCUCGAACCGACUUAUCUUUAAUAUGGAAUAACACAUGAAUCUACUCCAGUUAUCCAGUUUAAUUCCAAUAAAGUCAAGUUUUGUUAGUUAUCUUAUUCUCUUUUGUAUCGCGAAGAAUGACCCAAGCGAAAGUACUAAUUCGCCGACCAAUCUUACAGCAUAUAGCGAAAAACAUGCACUUUGUUCUCCUGUUGAUCUCGGUAACGCUGUUCUCUGUUCAUGCAAGAGGCCUGGAGGUUAACGAUAAUGGAUCGUCAACAACGGUCCCUCCAGACCCUCAGUGUACACGCAGCUAUCGUGGUGUCCCGGUGUGUACUUUCGACAAAAGCAUCUGUACUUGGAGGCCUCUCACCGCGGACAACACUAAAGUGUCCUGGGUUCUAGGAGGGGGCGCGGCUGGUGCAGGACCCAUAGCUCGCGACUGGCAGCCUCCCGGCAAGACCAAAAUAGGAUCUUACGUGUACCUGAAGACGGAAACACAAGGCGCCCCAGUUGGUUCAAAAGCUUCACUGACAGGUAGCUUAGCUUUCGGCAUACAAGCUGUUUGUAUUGAGUUCCACUACGCUACCACAGGCAGUGAGAAGCAAUUCCUUAACGUGUACAACUCGCCACGAGUGAAAGGUGCAGGAAAAGACGUUUUGCUUCUCUCGAUGUCAGAUCUGAGCACUAACGGCGUUUGGCAAACAGCUCGCCUCUCAUCACAGUGUGUGCUCCAGGAUUCUAAUAUUGUCUUCGAGACCGUGGUGACAGGAAAUUCAAGUACAAUAGCUCUGGACUAUAUGAACAUUCGGCGAUCCAAUAAAGUCUGUUCGAGCGAGCUAACAACAACAUCAAAACAGACAACAACACAUGAAACAACCAUCACAACGACACCAGCACCAGAACCUAUAACAACACCUGAACCUUCCACACCUGAGCCUACAUCACCUGAGCCUACAACACCUGAAUCCAAGAGACCCGAACCUACAACACCUGAACCUACAACACCUGAACCUACAACACCUGAACCU